GUCUGUGGAGCCAUUGAACCUUAGGCCUUACCGGAAGCUGCAGAAUCUUCUGCAUUCAGACCCCUCUACAACUUUGAAAGGGAGGCUGAAGCCUAGGGUGAACAUGCCAGCUAAUGGGAAAUCACCCCAGAGCUUCCCUACCCUGAUUCCAGGAGAACCAGGCAGAUCACUUGAGGGAUCCGUGUCAUUUGAGGAUGUGGCUGUGGAUUUCAGCCAACAGGAGUGGUACCAAUUGGACCCUGCACAGAGAACCAUGCACAAGGAUGUGAUGCUAGAGACCUACAGCAACCUGGCGUCUGUGGGCCUCUGCAUGGUCAAACCAGAGAUGAUCUUCAAGUUGGAGCGAGGAGAAGAGCUGUGGAUAUUAGAAGAGGAAUCCUCAGGCCAUGGUUAUGCUGAAUCCCUCUCAGUGCUGUGUGGCAACACUUCAGUUGGGGACAAUGCCUUCAAUAUUCUUCGGCAUCAGAAGAUUCAAACUUUGAAUGAAAAUGUUGACUAUAACAGAUGUGACAAAGGUUUCCAUGAGGAAACAGCCUUUGUCAGAUGUAAAAGGACACAUGCAGGAAAUAAAAACUUUGAAUGUCAUGAAUGUGGGAAAGCAUAUUGCAGGAAAUCAAACCUUGUUGAACAUCUGAGAAUACACACAGGGGAGAGGCCCUAUAGAUGUGGUGAGUGUGCAAAAACCUUCAGUGCAAAAUCCUACCUCAUUGCUCAUCAGAAAACCCAUACAGGAGAGAAGCCCUUUGAAUGUCAUGAAUGUGGGAAAUCUUUUGGCAGGAAGUCACAACUCAUUCUGCAUCAGAGAACACACACAGGAGAGAGACCCUAUGAAUGUAUGGCAUGUGGGAAAACCUUUUCUGAGAAGGCAACUCUCACAAUUCAUCAGAGAACCCACACAGGGGAGAAACCCUACAAGUGUGGGGAAUGUGGAAAAACAUUUCGUGUCAAGAUAUCCCUUACCCAACACCAGAGAACUCACACGGGGGAGAAACCCUAUGAAUGUAGGGACUGUGGGAAAAACUUUCGGGCCAAGAAAUCUCUAAAUCAACAUCAGAGAAUUCACACUGGGGAAAAACCCUAUGAAUGUGGAGAAUGUGGGAAAUUCUUCCGAAUGAAAAUGACUCUUAAUAACCAUCAGAGAACCCAUACAGGUGAAAAACCCUAUCAGUGUAAUGAAUGUGGGAAAUCUUUCAGAGUGCACUCAUCUCUCGGGAUCCAUCAGAGAAUUCACACAGGAGAGAAACCUUAUGAAUGUAAUGAAUGUGGUAAUGCCUUCUAUGUAAAAGCUCGCCUCAUUGAACACCAGAGGAUGCAUUCAGGAGAGAAACCAUACCAGUGUAGUGAAUGUGGGAAAAUCUUUAGUAUGAAAAAAUCCCUUUGUCAGCACCAGAGAACUCACACAGGAGACAAACCUUAUGAAUGUAGCAAGUGUGGAAAUGCCUUCUAUGUGAAAGUGCGCCUCAUUGAACAUCAGCGAAUUCACACGGGAGAGAGACCCUUUGAGUGUCAGGAAUGUGGCAAGGCUUUCUGCCGCAAAGCACACCUCACAGAACAUCAGAGGACUCAUAUGGGCCACCCCUGGCCUUGUGCUGUAGAGAAAGGUCCUCUUUGAGCCCCUCCACCACAUCAUAUCAAGGCCUUUAGAGCAUUUGAUCACCAGAGCAUAAGAGUAACUCUGUCAUGAUGUGGCACCUAAAUUGGUGUGAACCAGGUCCUGGUCCCCUUGGAAUGCAGCACAUUAUUGUUUUCAUUUGUAUUUCCCUAUUUAGUGAUAAGGUUAAACAUGUUACCUGUCCAUUGGCCAUUUGGAUGUUUUCUCCAGUACAGUGACUCUUCCUGUCUUUUGCCCACUGACUUGUAAUGGGCUGUUCAUCUUUUGUUUCCUGGUUUAAAUGUCACUGUUUUAAUUUAUGAAGUUAUAAAACUCUUUUCAUUUGUAUAUGUUUAAUAUCUUCUUCCAGAUUGACUUAUUGAUUAAUUCUGUUAAAAAUGUUACAUUUUACUAUCAUCAGUUUCAAAGUAAUGAUAUUUACCUAUACUUCCUUCUGAAGUCAAAGGGGGUUUUUUAACAUUUAGAAUUUAAAUUUAUUAUGAGACUUUUUUUCUUUGUCCUCAGGACUGAACCCAAGGCCUUGCAGUGAGCUACAACCCAGCACCUCGCUGAGUUGCAUGGGCUGGGCUCAAACUUGCAAUCCUCGCACCUCAGCCUCCCAAUGUGCUGGGAUUACAGGCAUGUGCCACUUCACCUGUGAACUUUUUGUAGAGUAUGAGGUCUGUAGUAUAUACUACUAUACUGUCUGAUUAGGUUUUUUCACAGCUAAUAUCACAGUAGUUAAAAUUCAGCAGCUGGUGUUUUUCCAUGUGAUGUUACCUUCCCAAGACCUAUAUAUGUUGAUAAAUGCAGGUCUGGUUUACUCAUUACUCUCUCCAAUCUCCUAGUGGAAUAUGUAUUGCUUCUAUGUUUUAUGUCUAAGCCUAGAAAUGGGACUGCUGGAUCACAGGGCCAGUUAUUAGGCUUCUGUGCUCCAGCUCCAAAGUCAUCCUUCUAGAGUGUGCUUUGUGACUCUACAGACUGCAUUCCGUCUUGACAGCUCCUCUCUGUGAGACUAUCCCAAUGAGAGAUACCAGAUCUAAACUUGGGACUGGAGACAGAAGGUACUUUUUGCCUCUUUCCCUGCUUCCUGGAAUAUGCACCUGCCACAGUUUUUUAUUUAUUUAAAGAGAAAAAAAGAAAUAAAAUUAAAAAACAAAGCAGUAAAAGGGUACAAAUAAUACAGAAUUUCAAGGAAAAAAUACAGUAGGAUAUCACUAGUUAAUAGGUUACAUAUUGUCAUCUUUGAAAUAGUUGUCCAAAUUAUAAAAUUAAAGCAUGUAAAGUGAACAUUCAUACAAUGAGAUUGCAGGCAGUGCCGAUCAAUGAUCCAACAAAAGUUCAGUAAUAUGGAUUUCCAUCCUACACACAGCAGUUUUGCCUAGUUGGCAGUUUUCCAGCACUCUCAAAGAUAGCUUGUGGAACCCACCCUUUCUGGGACAAGCAUCAGCUGGCUGGUGCUACAUAUGUAGAGGUAUGAGUUCCAGCCACAAGGGUACCCUCCUCCACCUUACUCAUUUUUUGAAGUACUGGUGAUGGGCCCCAGAAAUGCUUUACUACUGAGCUACAUUCCCAGCUCCUUUUUUAGUUUCCUGGGCUGGACUUGAACUUGUGACACUUUUACCUCGACCUAUAAAUUAUAGUUGGACUUAUAGUUCUGUGCUACCAUGCCUGACACUCCUAAUUUUUAAUAAUUGCAACUUUAUCCCUUCAAUACUACCCUAUCAUGGCUGCUUUUUCUCAUUGCUAUUUUCUUGAUAACUUAAAUGCUCUUUUUGUCUCUUCAGUUAUGUAAUUAACACUUCAUAACUAGUGAAAAAUUAUUUCAAAUAAUUUUUCUCAGUUAAGGAGCCAGGCAUGAUGGCACUUGCCUGUAAUUCCAGCACUCAGGAGACUGAAACAGGAAGAUCACUGUGAGUUUGAGACCAGCCUAAAGUGCAUAAUGAGACCGUGUCUAAAAAACACAAAACAAGGUCAGGGAUUUAUCUCAGUGGUAUAAGCACCUGCCUGGAAAGCACAAGGUCAUGAGUUUGAUUCCAAGCACAAAAAAAUUCUUUCUGUUAAAAUAACAAGUGUGCUUUCUGUUCCAUGACUGCUCUCUGAUAGAUAUAGAAGUUUGUUAACUUUAUUAAGCAUUGAGUUUUCCCCUCCAAAUUGUAUUAGUGUACUCUCAGGAGCAGUUUUUAAGUUUCCAUUUUUCUAUAACUGCCAGCUCUUACUAUCAGUCCUCUAAAUUUUUAAUAGCAACUUUGAUCAUCUGCAUAUAUAUAUAUACAUAUAUAUAUAUAUAUAUAUAUAUAUACAUACAUACAUACAUACAUACAUGUUUUGCCUAUGUGUUAUAUUUCAAAAUAUGUGUUAUGGAGUGCAGAUAUAUGUGUGUAAAAACACACAUCUCUACACAAAACAUUUUGUCUUGUUUAGGCAAUAUUCUUUUGAUUUUACAAACAUAUUCACCAUCUUGGUUGCUCUUGAUGAUUUUAUACAUUCCAUUGAGGAUCAUUUUCCCAUUUGUUUGAAAAAUCUUUUUUGAUCAGUAAGAGUGACUCCUACCCUCGUGUGGUGGUAUAUGUCUAUAUUCUCAUUUACUUGGUAGACUAGACCAGGAGAAUUGCAAGUUCAAGGUCAGUUUGAGCAACUUAGUGAGACCCUUACUCAAAAUAGAGCUAGGGGUAUAAAUUAGUGGCACAGCACUUACCUAGAAUGUGACAGGGCCCUAGGGGAGUUUAAUCUCUGGUACUAGAAGAAAAAAGAGUGAGUCUUUUAUUUUUAGGAGUUGAUGGCACUAUGCCACAGUAAAUAGAUACUCUGUUGAAAUACUUUUUCCUUUUUCUUCUUGAAUGUCUAGUGACUAUGAUGACCCAGGUUAUUUGAAUUGAUCUUCAGAUGCAUCAUAAUAUAGCAUCAAAUUGAAUUUACAUAUUACACUUUCUAAAUUACCUAUAUCCCUCUUUUUUGGAGGUAUUAGGGAUUGUCACAGCAAUGUAUUUGCUAACUGUAUCCUAGCUACCAUCACUCUUGUCUGCUGAUCCUCAAUUAAUCAUAAGAGCAGAGACUUUAACUUCUAUGAGCUCCCGGUGUCUUCUGAGUCCACACUGGCCUCUCCUUCCGAGUUACUCAGUGUCUUUGACUCUUAUAAAACACAAUCACAGUGUUUGUUGAUCCUACAUUGAUCUCUAUCACUGAAGCCACUGCCCAGUGUCCAGAUGCAAUGAUGCCCCUGUAUGGCACCAACACCCCACCUCCAAGCCCAUCCUCAUUAGGCUCAACCCCACAACUGCUGACCACUCACCAUUCUUGUUGAAUCCAUCUCAUGUUUCUCGGUCACAAUAGCUGCCCACCCUUUGGCAGUAUAACCACAUGUCUGCUAAACUUGAUCACAAAUACAGGGCAGGGUCUUUGAUGUUCAUAAAGAAUCAGCCCACUGUUCGCUGACUCCACAUUAUCUUUAAGCACUUUGCUGAUUAGCCACUUAACACCUCUAAAGUAGUUUUGCUUCUAUCAUAGUAUUGGCCCAUUCAUUGUCCCCACCCACAUGGAGGCUGAUUCCUCACUUCUCACCUAGUGUGGUAUAAGUGAGCCCCUGAAACCAAAUAUAGUACCAAAUCCUACAUAUACAGUGUUUUUCCUAUGCAUACAUACCUAUGAUACAGUUUAAUUUAUAAAUUAGGUCCAUAAAGAGAUUAACAUAUACUGUAAUAAAAGCUGGACAGUGUAAGAUUCCAUCAUGAUGCUCAGAAUAGCACGCAAUUUAGACCAUGAAUUAUUUUGGGGUUUCUGUUUAAUAUUUUCAGACUGUGGUUCACUGCAGGUAAGUGACACCACAAUAAGAAAAGUCAUGAAUUGGAGGACGGUGCUGUAUACCCUAGAUACUGCUGGGGACAUUAAUCAACAAGUUGGAAUUGCAGGCUGCAGAGGGAGCAUCUUCUUUCCAGUUCAAUGUCUGUGACUGAUCUGCCACAGGAAAGCAACCCUUACAGAAAACUCCGGCUUCCAAGCCCUGAUGUGCUUGGAAGCCUCUUGAAGGGAGAUCGGUGCCCUUAAAGUCACUAUGUUUCCUGUCAUUACUCUUCUAGAAAAUCUACAAAAGUAAAUAUUCGCCAGCAUUGAGUAUGUCUGUAUGAGACUCUGAAGAGACUUUGCCACUGAGAGAAAGCAUGUGGGGUAACAGCCAUGUGAGGUGUGCACCAUGGGAAGCAGCUCAGUGGUUGACCUGAGGACCAGCCCUUCUUUCACCUGAGUCCUAGUCUUGUCCCUAAAAUGUGGACAUUCCAGUCCCUACUCAUAAUCUUCCAAAGGUUUGUGCUAAGUUUGAGGGUUCUUUGCACCAUGGAUAUUUUUCAAGCCAAAACACAAAACAUUCAUAAUAAUAACUUAACAUGGAAUAUUACUAAUAGUGAUUUAAUUUAUAGACUGGCAGUAUUGUAUAAUGGUUAAGAACAUGAAUGCUGGAGCCAGAUCUCUAUUCAAAUUCUACCCCUAAAUGAUAGCAAAAGUAUACUCUAUAAACACAAAGUAAAUACAUUGGAUUGAAUCACAUUUAAAAUUUUUUGCUACAAAUAUACUACAAAAAAAGUAAAAAGUCAAUCCACAGAAUGGAAUAAGAUAUUUGUAGAGUAUAUCUCUGCUUAGAGAUUUGUAUCCAGUAUAUAUAAAGAAUUCUCACACUUUGAUAAUAAAAACAAACCAACUAAACAUGGGCAAGUGAUCUGAGUAGAUAUUUCUUCAAAAGGCAAUAAGAUUCACUAAGAUGCUCACUCUGGUUUGACUAUUGUCUUUUUUGGAAGUCCUGUAAUGUUUACAAUGCCUAAGUUUUAUUGGUCUUGUUCUCUACUGUUUUGUCCAACUUUAUAAUAUCUAAUGAGAUAGACAAUUCUUUUUAAGGAAACAAAAGACAACGUUGAUAACCAUUGUUGAUAACCUUGUACUCUGUUCUACACCAUGUGCUAUGUCUAUCCUUGGUUUUGACUGACAGCUUUGUUUUGCCAUAUUUGACUGUAUUCUCUCCCCCCCAAAAAAGUAAUAAGCACUAAGGAGUAAUAAAAUCCAAAAUGUGUAAAUUUUGUUGUAAAAAAGAGAGGGAAAAAAAGAGCUCUAGCGGAUAUAACAGCAAGUGUGUUUAGGGGUGUUAAAUAGCUGACUAUAUCAAUGUUUUUGGAUCAUUGAACACGGCUGUUUGCAGUCUCCCUGUUUGAAUGUCCACCUUGUAUUCUUUGAUACUGUGAUUUGAGCAACUAUUUUCAAGAUGAUAAUAUGGAAUCUAUUAACAGGUGAUUUCUUACUGUUAUGUUUUUUUUUUUGUAGUUCUGUAUUACGUGUACCCUUACACCACUUUGUUUUGUUUUGUGUUUUUCUCUUUUUCCUCUUAAAUAAAAUUUUUUAAAAAAAGA